CUUAUAAGAUAGUUUUGACAUAUUUUUGUGCUUGUGUGCGUGCGUCUAUAAUCUGAAUUUACAAGCGGAACCAGGAGCCUCAGUUGCUUGACUCCAGUGGACACUUGCAGAAGAAGCUUUUUUUUUUUUUUUUUUUUUCCUCAGAUAUAAAAAGAUAUUUUUGUGCCUCUUGUUGUUGAGGAUUUCCUCGAAAAAGAGCAAAUCAAAGAAAGCAAAACUGCGCUUGUUCCAAAACCGAGUGAAGGCGAGAAAAGAAAAAAAAAAACAAUGCUCGGCGGAGAAGGAGAAAGCAACACAUACGCUUCUUCAAAAGACGCAGCGGAUGAGAGGCGCAAGUCUCCGGCUGUGGAUGUGGACGAUCCGGCUGCCAGCAACAGGUUCACGGAGCACGGGAUGGCUUCUGACCGCUACUACAUCCCGUCCACGAUUUCCAAGCAGAACCCAGAAACAGCCUGUUCUUUCAUCCCGUACACUCCCGGUGGGACGGUUUACACUCCGUCCAGCGCUGCCAGGUAUCCCUCGUCUCUCCACCUGGGCUCCGUGUUGCCUCCGGCGGGAUUUUCCCCCUCAACGGCCGGCCGCAGUCACUUCAGCCCGGCUUACCAGCUCGGACAGAGCGCCGGCUGUGCCCUCUACCCUCCGUACACCGGCUCCGGGUCUGCUCUCGGCAACAUGGCCCUCCCCACCGGCGGCCCGGGGAUGAGGGCCCAAGUCUACCUCUGCAACCGACCGCUGUGGCUCAAGUUCCACCGGCACCAGACCGAGAUGAUCAUCACCAAGCAGGGCAGACGCAUGUUCCCUUUCCUCAGUUUUAACAUCGCUGGCCUCAGUGUGACUGCGCACUACAACGUGUUUGUGGAGGUGGUUCUGGCCGAUCCAAACCACUGGAGGUUCCAGGGAGGAAAGUGGGUCACCUGUGGGAAGGCGGACAACAGCAGCCAAGGUACUGACCCAGGCAAUAAAGUCUACAUCCAUCCAGAGUCCCCAAACACAGGGGCCCACUGGAUGAGACAAGAAAUCUCCUUCAGCAAACUCAAGCUCACCAACAACAAAGGGACCAGCCACAACACUUCCCAGAUGAUAGUUUUACAGUCUCUGCAUAAGUACCAGCCGAGGCUGCACAUCGUGGAGGUGACGGAGGACGGGGUGGAGGACAUCAACAGUGACUUGAAGACUCAGUGCUUCACUUUUCCAGAGACCCAGUUCAUAGCGGUCACUGCCUACCAGAACACCGAUAUCACACAGCUGAAAAUUGACCACAACCCUUUCGCCAAAGGAUUUAGAGAUAAUUACGAUUCGAUGUAUACGGCUCCAGAGGGUGACCGCCUCACCCCGUCCCCUACUGACUCUACCCGUGCCCACCAGAUCGUCCCCGGCACCCGCUACACAAUGCAGCCCAUCUUCCAGGACCAGUUUGUCAACAACCUUCCCCAGAAUCGCUUCUACAACAGUGAGAGAGCUGUGCCACAGACCAACAGCCUCCUCUCAUCUCAGACUGAAGACGGGGCUUCGCAGAGGUGGCUUGUCGCCUCUAUGCAGCAGGGAGGAAAUGGCACCAGUGCCAGCAACAAGCUAGAUCUGACGCCCUAUGACGGAGAGUAUUCAAGUUCCCUGCUUCCUUACGGUAUCAAAUCACUGUCAAUGCAAACAUCACAUGCUCUCAGCUACUACCCAGACUCUCCUUUCACCACCAUGUCUGCAGGAUGGGGGUCCAGAGCAGCAUAUCAGAGAAAGGUCACCCACGGUCUGCCGUGGUCUCCCAGGCCAAGUCCCACCACUGCUUUCCAAGAAGACUCAGACAAAGUUAAAGCCCAGAUAGAAGAGGAGGUGAACGGCAGUGGAGCCCUGAUCACCUCCUGGACAGAGUCACAGGCGGCAGCUCUUUCCUUAGACAAGGCUGAUUCCUAUUUGACCUGCAAGCGGAGGCGGUUGUCUCUGAAUGGUCCAAGCACAGAAGACUCACAAAGCAACACAAAGUGUGAGGACUUAGCCUCCGUUACCACCAACAAUAGCUCCUACAGCAAAGAAGCUCUCCCGUCCAAAGGCAUGGCAGCUUACUAUUCCUUUUACACAAAUCCUUGAAUACUUUGUUCCUGAAAACAAGAGUCCUGUUUUGUUUAUUCUCCAUCUGCCAUAUUGAAUAAAAAUAUUUUUGCUUUUAUGUUAUGUGAGCAGCAUUAAUUUGCUUUGGGUGUGUGUGGUGACAGGAAAAAUCUGAAAAACGAAUAAAAUUCACGAGAUGCAUGUAGCACCUCAUGAAUAAGCAUUACUAGGCUUUUUUUUGUCUUUUUAAAGUCUGUCUGUUUUUCUGGAGUACAUAUUUUUUAAACACUCCAAUUUAUGUGACGAUGUAUUUGGAAUUUUGAAAGUGCCAAAGCAUUUUUUAAGUCACUUUUUUUAAUCAGUAUGUUUUGUUGUUGCAUACAUUUGCCUUUACACUGAGAUUAUGUGUUUACAGAUUAUUUAUUUAAGGCCUGUUCAUAUGAAAAUGUGUGCACACUUAAAUGUGAGAACAAGAUGCUGUAUAUACCUUCAUUGCAAAGUUCAGAUAUUUGAUAAUAAAAAGGCAUAUGUGUUCUAUUGUG